AUGGCCCUGACCCGUGUGGCCGCUUGCCACGUUUCCCCUCAUUUCCUCUCUGCACGAAAAACAGUCGACAAAGCAACCUCCUUCGUCCAAACAGCAGCCAAAAACUCAGCAAACCUCAUAGUCCUCCCAGAGACCUAUAUUUCAGCAUUUCCAAUUUGGAGCGCACUAAGACCACCCACCGAGAACCACGAUCUAUUCCGGCGAAUGGUCCAGCAAUCCAUAUACGCAGAUGGCAAGGAAGUCCAGGCCCUUCGCGAUAUUGCCUGCGACACCAAUUCCGUAAUUAGUAUUGGUAUAUCUGAAAAGGCUAAUUCAAAUCAUGCUUGCCUUUAUAACUUGAACCUGAUAAUCGGCCAUACGGGAGAAAUCUUGGUUCAUCACCGAAAGCUUAUGCCGACGUUCUUCGAGAAGUUAAUUUGGAGUCCUGGAGAUGGGUAUGGUCUCCGUGUGGCUGAUACGCCAUAUGGUCGUAUUGAUGGUUUGAUCUGUGGCGAGAAUACGAAUCCCUUAGCGCGGUUCUCACUUAUUGCGCAGAGAGAAGAAAAAAUCAUAUUUCUUCUUGGCCGCCUAUCUGGCCUACACGUCUUCCACCGCCAUCUAAUGAUGAUGGAAAUGCAGCAAAGGCUGCGCCGAUCUAUGAUAAUGUUCUUGCGAAUCGUGUCCGUGCGGCAGCACACUGUUUCGAAGCAAAGCUCUAGUACACCAGAUGUCAUUCGUAAUGCAUUGUUGACAUCGUCUAAGGGAGUGAGCAUGUUUUUGGAUUCAAGUGGUGCCCCAUCGCCAAGUUUUAGAAUCGACGAAGAGAUUGGAGAGCAACGACCAACAGAGUUCUUACAGAACGAGGAGGGGAUUAUAUAUGCCGACCUUGAAUUGAGUCGCUGUAUUGAGGGAAAGCAAUAUCACGAUGUUGUUGGAGAAUAUCAACGAUUGGAUGUGUUUGAAUUGAAGGUCAAUAGAUCGAGAAAGAACCAUGUUAACUUUACAGAAAGCCGCGAUGUUGAAGAAUGA